AUGGCAACCGAGGCAGAGAAUGAACGGGCGGCCGCACCUAGCAGUGCCCGGAAACCAGAGCCUGUCUCGUCGAUCCUUGCCUCGCGUUUCGCACCGCGUCUUGCAACUCAGGGACAUGAAUCCCACCUAACCCGAGAGACCUUUGCACAGCUACGACUGGAAAUUCUUAGUGAAAUACAGAACCAACGACGCGUUGAUGAGGAUGUCACUGAUGUCAAUAAGCUCAUAUGCGUUGUCCUAAAGGCCGGUCUAGAGAUUAGCUCAACCGAGAGCCACUCAGAUCAAGAUCUGGAAGGGCAAGUCCUCGACUGCUUAGAUAUAAUCCACGCAAGCAUUGCAAGAGCUCCUCAAGCUCUGUGGGAACCUUCUGACCCUACCACUUUGGGCGAGGACAUACAUGCUCCUCUCUUCGCAUGGUUAACCUUGCGACUGAUCCGACUCGGCAGCAUCUGGACAUCUGAUUCUGUCCAAGAGAGAAUCCAAGUUAUUUGUGUGAGCCUAGCUUAUUCCCAGUUCAAGCAAAACCGUUCAUUGCCUACCAACUAUGCCGCUGCUGCAUUUCUCCGGGCUUGCACGUCAGAUGUUAUCUGCUCUCUUGAAACACUUCAACGUAACAGUUCCCUGGAAACACGUUCUAGAGGGUUGUCGAUGCCCGGUGCGGAUGGAUCGCUCAUUGCGGAGAUCCAAGACCUUGGUCUUUCUCCUGCUUUGUUCCAAUGCAAAACAGUUCUUGGGGGAUUUACACAGACAGUUUCCUUAGUAUGCCGAUUGUUAGAUUCGUUUAACCCAAAGAGCGAAAUCCAACACCUUGCAAAACAUCAUGGCUUCAUCCUUCGCCAAAGGUUUUCGUGGCUACUGAAUAGUUUCCAUCGCCUUGGACGGGCUAUUCUUGAAUAUCUGAAAUUGAGAGGACCACAUCUCACCUCGGAAGAUAAAAGUUUGCCUUUGCAGUAUCUAGCAUCUCUGCAUCGGUGCUGCAUCCCAGACUCGACUUUGGCUGGCCUGCUUCCAAACAUAGGCUUGACUUCUACCUGGUCUCAAUGCUUGUCUGGUUUUCUUAGCCUGGGAAACAUAGGAAGUUUACCUUCCACCCAGGUCAUUCUAAGUCGCUUCCUAGAUGAGCUGAUACAGACAGCAAAAAACUCUCAGUCACUUGUGCUCCAACUAAGAGAGACUUUGCUUCCGGCAUUAAUAGAUGUCAAGAGUUGCAAUCAGCACCUUGAGUCGUGUCUCUUGAAUUCGCUCCAGGCCUUGCAUGUCCAACUCUUUUCAGCGCCGAUGCCAACAGCAAAACAUACUUCCGAGCAGUCAGCUAUGCCCUUCCAGAGAGCUUCACACCAAGUCAAUCGGCCAUCCAAGCGCUUGUGUCUUCCCGGUUUAUCUAUCGAAUCUACCAAUACUGGCCUCGCCCAUGUACUUGUGGAGAAGAUAUCUGCAAUCAUUCAAUGCGAUUGCGGCAAAACGAUAGCAGAUAUGCACGCCUCUAUCCAGAUAUCAUACGAGAGGCUUUCUGAUUCCCAAAAAACCGAAAUUUUAGACUUGCUGGGCAAGAUCUGCUGUGCGGCCGCAGAGAAGCUUUUGAAAAAACCUUCGAGGGUGAUGGGAAAAGACACGCUUAUUUGUCAAACAUGCGAUAUGGAGCAGGAUCAGCAUGAUCUUGUGGCAAAUGAGGAGCGCCCCGAGUUCGAGCAGAUGUGGUUACUAUUCAAUUUCAUCCUACCUAGGCUUACACGUACGCCUGGCCCACGGAUAGCCUCAAUGGUUGCGUUGAGGAAACUUCUGAUACACGCUCCGAACUCCAAUCAAAUGAAUAUCUCAGCCUCUGCCUCCGGAGAAUUCUGUCUCCACUCUCUCCGAAGCUCAAUCAGAGAAUUGCGUGUUGCAACUGGACGCUCAGUAGUGGCUUUUGUGCGCUCGAACUUACCCACAGAGAUUCGCCGAGCUAAUUUUGUUGUUGUACUUGAAUGGCUUAAGAAUCUCUCCGGAAAAGACGACAUGCCCUUGCAAGAAGCUUGUAUCAUAACACUCUGUGGACUGGCAAUUGUAUCAGAAGAUGAGGAGAAAAACAUCAUUCUACUUCGGCUGUUGGAAUACCUGGGUCACCCAAACCCAUACGUCUGUGCCGUGGCCUACAAUGAGUUAUCUAAACUUGCACAGCAAUUUUCCUUGACGCCAGCUGCCCUCUUUCGGCCUUAUUGGAGGACCCUUGCGGUGACUGUUGUCAAGAAUCUUCAGCCUCGCCCGCAUAUGGCGGAACAGCUAUGUGAUUUGCUUGGCAUGAAGGUUGAUGGGUUUCUCCGACUAACAGAGGUCCAUGUGUUACCGUACCUGGUUUUGACCCGAAAACGAGACAUUAUCUGUAGAAUUGGGGCCAGUCGCAACGAAGGAGAGUCGGCUUUUGAUGUUUGCUCGGAAAAGAACAACCUAGCUGCAAUUCUUGCCUUUCUCUUGUCCCAGCAAUCUGACAACCCUGAGGGUAUGAUCAUGUCUCUUCUAGCAGAGAUAGAUCCCGCGUUUAAGGGCCGAUCUUUGGCAGAGUUGGUAAGAAUCGAGCCAAUCCUCAUUGCUUGUGACUUGCUGAAAAGCCUGGGCGAUGCGGGCGAGCAAAAGAAACAGAGAUUCAAUCAAGCCCUUCAUCGACUCGCCACGUUCGUUCCGCGGAAGGCGGCACACGGAAGUUCAUCAAAAAAGACAGAUCUAAGUCACUUUAUUGAAGAGCACGUCCUUGGCAUUAUCACACAAUUUGCAAAUGCCAUCAACGACUUCCAAGUAAGACAAACCCUGGCCGAGAAAAGAAGGAACAUCAAAGCCAUUGAGGAAAUGAUCAACAUUGCCCAGGGUCACGUCAGCAGUGCAUUACCCCAAGUUUGUGCAUGUCUUCGAUCUGCCUUGGAGAUCAAGGAGCUAUGCGACUAUGCAUUUUCAGCAUGGACAACAUUGAUUAGUUCUCUUAGCGAGGAGGAUCUUGAGCCCAUAGUUGAUCAAACGUUAGCGAUUGUGAUCAGAUAUUGGGAUACCCUUACCGAAGAGAGUAGGGAUCGCGCAUGUCAACUCAUCGAUCAUAUCUUGACAAGACAUCCGAAUCUUGUACGAGAUACCUUCAACACCAUGCCUUCCCUUGCAUCUAUCCCGGAAAUGGCUGCCUUUGAUGCCAAAAUCAGCGACCUGAGAGCUCAAAUGGACGUGCGAAGCCAGUUCCUGGCAUUGAUACGUCGCUGCCAGAGUGAGAAUGCUACCGUUGUUGAGCAAGCUCUAAAGGAACUAGCUCCUUUUCUGUCGGCAAAUGAGGAGUUCCUCCAUGACUCCGUUCUGAGUGAACAGCCGGACCCUGUGAUCGCGCACUUGACUAGGUCAUUGUUGGAUUGUUGUGUCAAAUUCAGUACCACAUCAGACAGCAUUACUUUGAUGUCGACUCGGUGUCUAGGGCUUAUUGGCUGCCUCGAUCCGAAUCGAGUUGAAACAAUCAAAGAGAAGAAGGAUAUACUUGUUUUGUCCAACUUCGACAGAAUAGAAGAGACGGUCGCAUUCAUUCUGUUCUUCCUCCAGCAUGUAUUGGUCGAGGCAUUCUUAUCGGCAUCCAAUACCAGAGCUCAGGGAUUUCUGGCAUGGGCAAUGCAAGGCCUGCUGAAAUUUUGUAAAUUGAAUGCGGUGUUUACCCAACGCUCUCGCGAUUUGCAAGGUGAUGAAAAGUAUCAACGCUGGAUGGAGCUUCCGGAAAGUGUUCGCAACACACUUACGCCGUUUCUCACAUCUACGUAUACGGUUACUGUGGUGACCCAUCAUCCCGAGGUCAACUAUCCGCUGUUUUCCUCGAGAUUAACCCACAGUGAGUGGCUCCGAACACUGGUGCAAGAUCUUCUGCGAACUGGGAAUGGAGACAAUGCAAAAAUGGUCUUCUCAAUAUCAAGUCGUGUUGUGAAGGGUCAGGACAUUUCCAUCUCUGCGUUCCUCCUACCAUUUGCGGUCCUGAAUCGCAUUGUGGGGGGGACUGAAAAAGAACAGCAGGACCUUCAAAACGAACUAAUGAGCGUGUUGUCAUACCCUGUUCCGGAGACAAACAACAAUGCUCGGGAAACAAUCAUAAGUAGUAGCCAGAGCGUCUUUGAAGUCCUGGACUAUCUGUCUAGAUGGCUACAAGGGAAGAAAAAGCACAUUGCUGGCCUCAAUCACAGUCCUAACCAGACGAGCCGUUCCCACAAGGAUCUAAGCCGUGACACGCUCAUUGACAAAUACUCGUCACAGAUCAAAUCCGUUGAAGCCCUCCUAUCUUCCAUACCGCCCGAGAUCAUAUCUAAGCGGGCGGUUGAAUGUAAAUCAUUCUCCAAAGCACUCUUCCACUGGGAACAGUACAUUCGAAAGGCUAAAGCUCAUGGAGAACUGCAAGAGCGAGCCAGCUUUGAGCCUCUAUACCAAAGAUUACAGGACAUCUAUAGCCAAAUUGACGAACCUGAUGGAAUUGAAGGCAUUUCUAGCCAUUUGUCGGCUUUGGACAUUGAUCAGCAAAUUCUCGAACACCGGAAAGCAGGGAGAUGGGCCACGGCGCAGAGUUGGUACGAGCUCCAACUGGAGAAAGAGCCCGACAACGUUGAUGCGCAGUGGAACCUAGUGACCUGUCUCAAAGAAUCCGGCCAACAAGAUGCUAUCCUUACUCGUUUCGAGGUUCUGAAGGAAAGCGGCCCAGCGGCUUCACGAUUCCUACCCUUCGCGGUUGAAGCUUCGUGGAUAAUGGGAAGAUGGGACAAAUUAAAGAAUUAUCUUGAUGUUUGUGCCAGACAAGGCACUGAGGAGUUCAAUGUCGGUAUAGGCUCAGCUCUUGACGCUCUUCGUCAAAAGCAACACGGAGCAUUCACUGAUCAAAUCAAUGGGCUCAGGCUCAACGUUGCCCGAUCAUUGACGACCAAUUCCGUUGCAUCACUUCAAUCAUGCCAUGCAGACAUGCUCCGGCUACAUGCUUUGUCCGAGGUCGAAGCAAUCGCCAAAGCACAGUCGGAUCAAUGCCACCCAAAUUUACUAAACACCCUAGACAGACGGUUGGAGGUUUUGGGUGGUUACCUUUCUGAUAAACAAUACCUAUUGGGGUUGAGACGAGCCACCAUGGAAUUAGCUGGCAAUUUCGCGGAUUCCCACAUAUCUGCUGCAUGGCUCACCAGUGCUCGCCUUUCAAGGAAAGGCAAUUUCAGCAGCCAAGCAUAUCAUUCGAUGCUCAACGCUGCACGGUUGAACGAUAGGUCUGCUUCCAUCGAACACGCGCGACUUCUCUGGAAAGAUGGGCAUCAUCGGAAAGCCAUUCAAACUCUCGAAGGAGCAAUCUCUGCCAAUGAAGCCACCCCGGCUAGAUCCUCUUCGGUCGAUAUCGAGACCAUGUCAUUUCUCUCGAAUCGUGGACAGCACCAAAACGAGUCAACUGCUCUUGCUCAUCUAAUGCUCGCCAAAUGGACGGACAGGGCUGGCCAAACCCACUCUCAGGCCAUUGUCCAGAGGUAUCGAGAGGCCAUCAAACUGUACCCGAAAUGGGAAAGGGCACACUACUACCUGGGGAAACAUUACAACAAAAUUUUGGAGUCUGAAAAAGCCAAGCCCAUGGGAAAGGAAGCUCAGAUAUACCUGAGUGGAGAGGCUACCAAGCUUGUCAUCGACAAUUAUCUUCGCUCGUUGACAUAUGGGACCAAGUAUGUGUUUCAAACGUUACCCAAGCUUCUAACCCUUUGGCUUGAACAUGCCUCUAUCGUUGAACAGCCCAUUGAUCCCAAGAGGGGCGAUAACGAGGAAUUCCAGAAGCAUACACAGGCCCAGCGAAAGAAAAGCCUUGAUGAGAUGCAUGCACAACUGAAAAAGUUUAUUGACAAACGCUUGCAGGCGGCUCUAUUGUUCACAAUUCUGCCCCAAGUGGUUGCCAGGAUCUGUCACCCCAACACCACGGUCUAUGAUCUACUGACCCGAAUUGUAGCCAAGGCGGUUCACAACUUCCCACAGCAAGGUCUCUGGACAGUUCUUGCCGUUGUCAAGUCCUCCAAUAAGGAGCGAGCCAAAAGAGGAUAUAACUGCUUACAGAAAAUCAUAGACUACGGUAACAAGUCCAAAGGAGAAUCCUCAACAGCAUCGGAAAUCCGCCGUAUGAUCACCCAAGGUACAAAGUUCUCAGAGGAACUACUCCAACUCUGUCUUACCUCGGUUGAGGAGAAGACAUCCAGGGUUUUACUCGGUCGCAAUCUAGGCUUUAAUCAUAAAGUCGCGCCAUGUCGACUAGUGGUUCCCUUCCAGGCAAUGUUGAUCCCAAGUCUUCCUGCCAGUCAGAACAUCGAAUAUAUCAAAAGUUUCAGGGCCUUCCCCCGGGAUCCAACCACCAUUGAGGCCGUUCUGGAUGAAGCUCAAAUUCUGAACUCGCUUCAAAAGCCACGCAAAAUCAGCUUGCGGGGAUCUGAUGGGAAGAUCUAUAACGCGCUCUGCAAGCCUAAAGACGAUUUACGCAAGGAUCAACGUCUCAUGGAAUUCAACAACAUGAUCAAUCGAUUUUUGAAGCGAGACGUUGAGUCAAGCAAGCGUCGCAUGUACAUCAAAACAUAUGCUGUGACACCUCUGAACGAAGAAUGCGGUCUUAUAGAAUGGGUGGAUAACCUCCGUACGCUAAGAGAGAUUGUCAUCAAAUUGCUACGCGAGAGAGGCAUCUCGCCAAAUUAUAAUGAGAUCAGGCAUUGUUUGAACGAUAUCUGCGCUGAUCGGUCAUUUACAAAGCUGCCCUUAUUCACCACUAAGAUCUUGGCAAAACUUCCCCCUGUACUCCAUGAAUGGUUCAUCGAAAUGUUCCCCGAAACAGAGGCAUGGUUCACAGCGAGACUAAGGUAUACCCGAUCUUCUGCCGUUAUGUCAAUGGUGGGAUAUGUGCUCGGUCUAGGCGAUAGACAUGGCGAGAACCUUUCUUUCGAAGAAGGUACAGGCGGACUCCUGCACGUCGAUUUCAAUUGUCUUUUUGACAAGGGUCAAACCUUUGAAAAGCCUGAAGUGGUACCGUUUCGGCUGACGCAUAACAUGAUUGAUGCCUUUGGCGCUUACGGAUACAAUGGUCAGUUCGAACAUCCUGAGUUCUAUUCUUGUGCUAAUCUCCAGGGGAUAGGUCCGUUCAGGAGAACUUGUGAGAUAACACUGAGUCUCCUACGACAGAACGAGGAUGCCCUGAUGACUGUGCUUGAGACAUUUCUACAUGAUCCGACAACCGAUUUCAUCGGGAAAAGGCGGCGCACCCAUGCGAAUGUUCCGGACACACCGGCCGGUGUUUUGGAAGAUGUUCGAAAUAAACUCCGUGGCUUUAUGUCCAAGCAGCCUAUUGCACUUUCGGUGGAUGGACAAGUGGAUGAAUUGAUUAUCCAAGCAACAGAUAAAAAGAAAUUGGCAUCCAUGUAUAUCGGGUGGUGUUCAUUCUUCUGA